AAAUCUCUAUACAACGAAGAUGUCCCUCUUAAAAGUCAAUCACACUUUUCGCGCAAUUUUAGCUCUACCCCAAAACGGAUAUCACACUUGAGUAUGGGCCCUACAUCAAUUCCCAAUGUUCAUUGUGAUCAACAGUUUCUAGAACCAAAUGAUAAACUGAAAUCCAGUUUGUCAAAACGAGACACUGCAGCCAUCAAUGACUUAAUUGACUUCGCACGGAGUGUUCUUGAAGAAAAUCGAACUGUAGGAAAUCAAAUUAUAAGCACAAUAAAUUCAAAUAUGCAAAACACCAUCGAUCAAUUUGCUUUGCUGAAAAUUUCUGUUGAUCAAGUGAAAGAUCAAAUUAAUGAGUGCAGAAAGGAGUGUAAAGAAGUUACUGAGUUGAAAAACCAAAUAACGGAGCUAAAGAAGGACAUAAGUAAAAUUAAGAAAGUUUCUGAACAGACAAUCAAUGAAAACCAAUUGUUUAAUCUCGAUGAGGGAUACGCUACAAAUGAAACCGCGUCCACUUUUGCAGCACAGUUGCCCUUCACUGCUCAGCAAGUUAUGCCUCCAUUUAAUCAGCGCUUAAUACCGCCAUUCACUGUGCCACCAAAUCCCUUCCAAUUGUAUGGUCAGAAUUUAUUCAAUUUAUAUUCGCAAUUUUCUCAACCGUCAUCAGUGCCUGGAGCACCUCCAAUAUUUGAUGCAGCCAGACCGCAAGUUAACUAUCCAGGCGUUUUCACAAACCCCGACCAAAUGUAUUUAGAUGUAGCGCAUCUUGCUCAACAGACAGCAGUACCAGUCAUUCCUGUACAGGCUUCAGUGACAGCCACAGUUGCAGCUUCCACUAUACCAGUACCUCAUUCAACGGCCCCAGUCACAUCAAUUAUGACGCAAAAUGUCAUACCCAAGGAUAGUCCACGUUCGUUACCAGCUAAUGUUGCAAUAACAUCUUCAGAUCCAUUGCCGACGUCCACAACUACUCCAGUGCCAGUACUUAGUGUAAUAGUGCCACCAAAGCACAUCAAAGGUAUUCCUCAUAAUUAUCAAAUACAAAUGCCUGCAACAGAACCUACUACAGCUUUUGGCUUUCCAUCACUUGGAAAUAAAAUAAGUCCCAACACGGAAUCUUCAAAUUGGACUCAAAACACGGUAUUCAAAGAUUCCACCCCAACCACCAACUCUCAUUCUACGGCUUCUAUAUCUUUUUCGCCAAAACUCGGCAACACUAGCUUAAAUGAAGAAGUUUCGAUUGGUGCAGCCAAUGACAGUCAUAACAAAUCUAGAACAUUAUCUGAAAAAAGUAACACGUCGAUCGAUAAUUACGAUCCGUGUCCGGAUUUCAAGCCUAUCAUACCUCUACCAGCAGAAGUAAAAGUUACAACUGGAGAAGAAGACGAAACUGUUAUAUUUUCGGCUAGGGCAAAACUAUAUCGGUUCAUCGACAAUCAGUGGAAAGAAAGAGGACUUGGCGACAUUAAAUUACUUAAACAUAAAACCACUGGAAAGGUUCGAGUGCUCAUGAGGAGAGAACAAAUUCAUAAGAUUUGCGCUAAUCAUGCUAUAACAUCCUACAUGGAAAUCAAACCUAUGAAGAAUGAAACAAAAGCGUACUUUUGGGUAGCAAAUGAUUUUGCGGAUGAAACCCUUGUGCUAGAAAAGUUCUGUGUCAGAUUCAAAACAGCUGACAUAGCGCGACGAUUUUACGAAACCUUCGAAAAAGCUAGAUCAGAGGCUACUACGACAGAGGCAUUGAGUGCAGGAUCAGAAACUCCGGUAAACCUAACUGCAAGCAAAUCUGAUAAAACAGGUACAAAAACUGAUGGUGCUAAAACAAUAGAUUUCAAAUCAACUGCAGCCAAUAAUUCACAACCUGCUAAGACAGUGUUCGGUGGUUUCACUUUCAGUAGUACACCGGCAUUUAAAACAAUUGAAGAUACAAAGCCCUCCGGAAAAAAUGUAGAAAUUACGCCAACAAACAAAGUUAAUGUGUUUAGUGGCUUGAAUUUCAAAACUGGACCUGCUUCUUCACCAUUUAGCAAUUUGUUCAGUUCUUCCAGUGCGCAAACUAACAGUUCUAAUACAUCAGUGCAAAAUGUUGAGGUAACGGAUAAAUUGAAUACUUCGGAUACAGUAGAAGAAUACGAGCCGACAGGUGAGUUCACACCUGUUGUGCCGUUGCCAGCAUUAGUAGACACAAAGACUGGCGAAGAAGAUGAAAUUGUUCUAUUUGAACACAGAGCCAAGUUGUUACGCUUCGUUGCUAAAGAAUGGAAGGAACGCGGUCUCGGUAAUAUAAAAAUCCUCGUAAAUAAGGACAACCCGCAAAAAUUGCGCCUUUUGAUGAGAAGAGAGCAAGUAAUGAAAGUUUGCUGCAACCAUGCUGUUACAAAAGCAAUGACAUUCCAGAAAAUGCCCAAUGUUGACAAAGCAGUCACAUGGUGUGCUCAAGACUUUUCCGAGGGUGAGCUCACACCUGAAACCUUUUGUCUCCGUUUUAAAACAGUACAAGCUUGCAAUGAUUUUAUUGAAGUCGUAAAAACUGCUCAAUCUAAAUUAAGAGACGACUCCAAGGCAGCUAAAGAAGAACUUAAUGCGGCCAAACAAAAUUACCAAACUGGAAUUGCUAUUGUAAACAAACCAGCAAAUUCUAAUUGGGGCGAUAAAUUCAAACCCAAGCAAGGUUCUUGGGAAUGUAAGGAAUGUUUAGUUCGGAAUGAAGCCAGUGUCGAAAUCUGUGCCGCGUGUAACAGCCCGAAGAAUCCUGGCAGUGCUACAGCAAACACAAAGACGACAGAGAUCAAAGCACCUAACAACGAAGUUAAAUUUAAAUUUGGUAUUCCCCAACAAUCCAAUCCAAUUCAGGUCUCAGAACAAAAAGUAUCUAAUGCACAAGUUAAAUCAUCAUGGGGAGACAAGUUUAAACCUGCAGCUGGAACAUGGGAAUGCAAACAAUGUUUUGUUAGAAAUGAAGGUGGAGCUGAUACCUGCUGUGCAUGCAAUAGCCCGAAAGACCCCAAUGCAGCGAGUAAACCCAUCGCCGCCAGCACUAUGUUCUCAACUCACAAAUUUAACUUUGGCAUUCCACCAACAAGCAAUAGCAAUGAACAGAAGGCAAAUACUACUUCUAUUUUCGACGGUACUGGUGCUCAUAAAUUCAAUUUUGGCAUCCCCGCAAACCUUCAAGUGAAAUCCACUGAUAAUUUACCUAAGAAUGACACAAGUUCUGCAAGUAAUGUGUUAACAGUAGGGACAUACAAAACUAGUGAUGCCGUUCAGACACCAACAUUAACACCAAAAGAAAAACCAGCCUUAUUGCUAACACCCCAAAAACCAAAUGAAACAGCAACUUUCGACUUUGUGUUUAAGCCAAAAACUCAAAUUAAAGCUAAGAGCCCUGCUAAGUCACCUAAAAAAGACAACGGAGAAGAGAGCGACGGCAACGAGUAUGCCUCCGAAGAUGAAGGACACCACAUACAUAUAACUCCUAUCAUACCUUUGCCUGAUAAGGUGAAAGUUGUAACAGGUGAAGAAGAUGAAGAUGAGCUUUUUGCACACAGAGCAAAACUGUUGAUAUUUGUUUCUGGUGAAUGGAAAGAAAGAGGACUUGGUAUAGUUAAAAUCCUAAAGCACAAACAUACAUCCAAAUUGAGGGUCGUUAUGAGGCGUGAGCAAGUCUUCAAGAUAUGUUUAAAUCAUGCACUGACUCCAGAUAUAACUUACAACCUUAAAGACGAAAAAAAUUGGAUAUUUGCUGCUAAUGAUUUCAGCGAAGGAGAAUUAACUGUACAACGUUUUUGCCUGAAGUUCAAAACGAAAGAAAUUGCCAUGCAGUUUAAAGACGCUGUGGACAAAGCAAGACUCGGGAAUAGUAAUGAAAUACAACAAAAUCUAAAUAUUUCUGUUAAAAGUGAUAAUGACAAUGAUGAUGUGGAAUUUAUUACUGAAACACAGUCGAACUCGGAGGAAAAGAAAAAAGCAUUGGAACUAAUGUUACCAGAGAAUUUCUUCUUAUAUAAAAAUAAGGACCCUUGUCGUGGUUGCCGUGGUUGCGACGACAGCAAAGAUUCGACACCCCAAGCCCCGAAGAGUAACAUUAUCCUAAGUGCUUUUACUGCUCCGACAACGUUCUCUAGUCCCCUUAAGAUACCCACGGAAAAUAAUACUGUCUUUACUCCAGAUAAAGUAAAUGCAUCUAAAACUGCUAACUCUGUUGAACAGCCUGUUUUUUCACAAUCAACCAAUUCUAGUAAUGAAAUUAUUCAGAAACCGAAAUUCGUUUCUGCAGACAACUCCAGUUCAAUAUUCAGACCACCAAUGCUCAACUCUUCUACUCUCCCUGGGUCGCUAACUAGCACUACUAGUGGAACGGAAUCGGAUCCUAAAUCAAUAUUUGCUACUGCAAAUUCAAACUUGACGUCAAACAAUUCAACAUUGUUCGGGUUUAAACCAAAUAAUAACGGCAAUAUUGAAGUGAAGUCAGUAUUUGGGGGAGCCGGUAAUGUCAAAGUAAAUGACGGCCAUAAGCCAGAUGGAAAAUCAAUAUUUGGGUUUUCGAGUGGUAUGACGAAUCAAAAACCUUUUAAUUUGUUUAAUCAAAAUGACGGCAACAUAUUUGUCAGGGCAAACGACGCGGUUAAAUCUGAUCAAACAUCAGCAUUCGCCUCGGUAGAUGCACCUAAUUAUUUUGGAAACGGCAAGAGUACUUGGAGCUUUGAUCCUAAAACUGACUCUAAAGAGUCAGAAGACAGUAAGAGUGAGCUUAUCAAACUAUUAAAUACACCAAAAGAAGACAAAAACACAACUAAUCCUGCCCCGAAAAUAUUAGGCACAGAUAGUUUAUUGUCUUUUGGUGCUUUACAAAGCCAACCUGAACUAAAGUUCCAAAAAAACCCUGAUUUCAAAUGGGAAGGUGCUGGUCAGCAGUUGUUCGUACAGGCGCCGAAAACAAAGAGUACCCGCGAUGCAGAUAACGAGGUGGAUACCGGCAACGGCGCGGAGGAAGAGUACGACCCGCAUUACGAGCCCAUUGUCCCCCUGCCCGACAAAAUAACUGUGACCACGGGCGAGGAGGACGAGGAAAAGUUAUUUGGAAUGCGUUGUAAGCUGUUCAGAUAUAAUGACGCCACCCGCGAAUGGAAGGAACGAGGCGUUGGAGAGCUAAAAAUAUUGUAUCACCCUGUGAAAAAUACUUACCGGCUGCUUUUUAGACGUGAACAGGUACACAAGGCUGUGCUGAACAUGCUUAUCUUCAUGGACCUGGAGUUGCUGCCGAUGAGCAAGAGCGAUCGCGCGUGGACGUGGGCCGGGCGCAACUACGCGGAGAACCCCGCCGGGGAACAGGAGACGCUUGCGGUGCGGUUUAAGAAUCUGGAUAUGGCCACUGAAUUCUUCGAUAAAGUCAAGGAAUGCGUACGGAAAAUACAAGCUGCAGCAGCGCAGGCCGUAAGAGAAGAAAAGGAGGUGGAAGAGAAGCCGAAAGGCAUGGCUUUAUUGAGGUUACCUAAACAUCUACAAGACAGCGCACGCGCUGAUAAUGCUUUGGCAAUGAAAACUGACAGUCAUACUGUUGAUGCGACUGAACAGCGUAAAACGGAGUCCGCUGAACGAGAAGUGACGAAACGUGUUCUCUUCCACGAUGUGGAGCAACAUCAAGAGGCGAACGACGAAGAAGCGGAAGAUUACGAACACGAGCAAGUUUAUUACCAAGGCGAUGACUACGAUAACUACUAUAAUGAGGAUGAGGAAUCCGGCACGUACUUCUCAUGCGACUGCGAGGCGGAGGUGGCGCAGGGCAGCGCGGUGACGUCGUGUGCGCAGGCGCACGUGCAGGUGCUGUUCGACCACGCCACGUACGCGCCCAAGAUCCAGCUCACCAACAUGGCCACGGGCGAGCUGCUGGCCGAUAUGCUCAUACAUGACGAGACUGACUUUCAGGUGUCGGACGCCACGUGCAGCUGGACCGGCACCGACUACACCAGCAACGACCCGCUCGACACCACCGUCACGCUCGCCUUCCCCGACAGUGAAACAGCGAUGCAGUUCUACGAGAGUUGCGAGUCGAGCAAAGAACACAAUUCCGCUGAAGAUGCUGACACAGAAGCGUAAAAUAGAUUCUUGAUAAUUGUAACGUAAAACGAAUAGUAUUAUUGUAUAGCCAAUUUGAGUUUAUAUUGAUUUGACGAUGUGAGUUCCUAAUCGGAGCCGAGUUUCUUAGUUUUAUGAUGUACUUAGAUUAUAAGCGUUUCUCAAUCAUUUUAUUUAACUACGACAAUUUUGUUGAAUCCAUCUAACUGUCACAAUAAAUGUUUACAGUACAUAUGGUCCUACUCCCUAAGAGCACUUUCCGUGCCUAUGUCAAAAGUUUAAAAGGCCAUAUGUACGUUAUGCGAUACACGUGCGAAUAGGAAAUUCGUGUCAACUUAAAACACUCCCUUCCGUCGUGUUUUAAUUUAUCGCCACUAGUUUCGAAUUUCCUCUUUUCCGCACUUGUAUCGUAAAUAACUAUUGUUAUAGGUAGUCUCUAGCUUUCCCGCGACAUACAAUAACAAUGUGGCGUUGACUAACUGAUGUGUGUUAAAUUUAAUCUGUGUGUAAAAUCUAGAUUACUUAAACCAAGUGUUAACACGAAAAAAACUUGUAUUAGUUCUUCUAUCAUAGAUCAUAGGAUUGCUUUGAAGUUAAUUUGUUUUUAUUUGUUACGGGUUUUCCUGUUUGGCGAACAGCAACACAAACUUUGUUUAAAUAUGUAUAGAAUUAUGUUAUUUAACUGAAACAAUAUCCUUUUGUUGAUGUCGAAUGCUAUGCCAUACAUGUACUAUGGCGUACUUGAUCUUAGAAAAACGGACAGACUGUACCAGUUGUAAUCGUGACGCCACGAAGGUAUGCCAUAAUGCAUCUUCCCAGUUGAAUAUGAUAAUGUGUAUAGUGUAGGAUUUGUAGGUGGAAAUCAGGAAAUUGCGAAAGUCAAAAUGUUAGAAGCCCUAUGCAAAAGAUAAGUAAAAUUUGGCAAAGGAUAAGUGAAAUUCCAAGUUUAAUUUCUUUAUCGCUUGUUUCACAAACAUGUUUCAUCUAAUUCGUCGGAAAAUUAAU